AUGCAAAACCCAACUCACGAUACACUUGACCGGCAGAUUCCCCCUUGUCCCACCUCCCGUCUCAGAGGCCAGGUUGCCCUUGUCACUGGUGCCGGGCGUGGCAUCGGUCGUGCAAUCGCCCUCGCUUUUGGAUUCGAGGGCGCCUCCGUAGCAUGCAUCGCACGGACCGAAGCCGAGAUCCAAUCGGCCGUCGACGAGAUCAACUUGAAUCAAACAUCCAGUCGUGCAGCAAUAGCUCUGGUCUACGACCUUACCAACAUCCCCGGCAUACCCGCUCUCCUCUCCUCCAUCGAAGCGCAGCUCGGCCCCAUCACCAUCCUGGUCAACAAUGCCGGCAUCGCCUUAAUCAACGCCCUCAGCCAACACAAUCCAGACCUGCGCGCAUGGGAAAAAGUCAUUACUACAAACCUGACAAGCCCAGCAGCAAUCAUGUCCUGCGUCUUGCCUUCGAUGCUCUGCCGAAGCAGCGGCACCAUCAUCAGCAUCGGCAGCCGCAACGUCACGCAUGACAUCCCGUACACGAGCGCAUAUUCGGUGGCGAAGACGGGACUGCUGAAAAUGCAUCAGAGCGUCGAAGCGGAAGUGGGUGGACGGGGGGUGUGCAACUAUUAUCUCCAGCCAGGGAAUGUGGACACGGGCAUCUUGGAGAGGCAAGGUGCAGUAGAUAGGAUGAGUUUGAGGGGGCAUGAAGGGGUGAGCAGGGUGGUGCAGAGGGUGAAGGAAGCGAGCAAGAUAUCGGCGGAGACGGUUGCGGAGGCUUGUGUGAUGCUUGUCACAGAUGAGGCAUCACGGUUGUUGAGUGGGAAGUAUGUGGACUUGGAGCAUGACAUUGUUGGGAUGCUGGAGGAUUUGAGAAGAGGUAAGGAUUCGGAAUGUGUGAGGAGAGAUCUGUAUCGGUUGAAGGUUGAGUCGCUUUAA